AUGACAGGCUCAUCAUCAUCAAGCACAAAAUCGAGAUCAUCCUCAAGUGCAAGUAGUGAAACGAGUAUCAUUCCAUUUCCAAAAAAGACGCUCCAUCCAUACCUGACGGGAAACUUUGCACCGAUCAAACGAGAACUUCCUUUAACCCAAUGCAAAGUAGCCUAUGGAAAAGUACCAGAAGAAGUUUGUGGCGGACAGUAUAUACGUAAUGGCGGUAACCCUUUCAAAGAUGAAGAUCAAGAUCGACAAGCACAUUGGUUUGACGGUGAUGGAAUGUUGACUGGUGUACUAUUUCAAUCAGACGGAGAAGGAAUACGACCGCAUUUCAUCAAUCGAUACAUUCUAACGGAUGUCCUACUUUCAACUUCUCAAGCUAGUCGAAAACCAUUCUUACCUUCAAUUUCAACAUUUGCAUCACAGUUGUCAUUCUUUGGCUUUUUUAUCUUGAUGGGCGAAAUCAUGCGUACGUUCGUACUAGCAAUGCUCAGCUUUUUGCCUUUUCAAUCACGACCUUCAGUGAAACGGAUAAGUGCCGCAAAUACCAGCAUUUGGUGGCAUGAUGGGCAGGCUUUUGCCGGUUGUGAAAGUGGCCCUCCAAUCCGAGUAUUGUUGCCUGGAUUAGAAACAGCUGCUUGGUGGACAGGUGAAGAAGAAACGGAAGGCGGAUGGAGUAAAGGCGGAAUGGGACCGAUCAAAAUGCUAAAAGAAUUCACAACUGCACAUCCAAGAAUAGAUCCUGAGACGGACGAACUGCUGUUGUAUCACAUGUCAUUUGCUGCACCUUAUCUACGGAUAAGUGUCGUGCCAACACGCAAAUCAAUCGAAGCAGGUGCCAAGCCAUUGAUGGGAGCUGCUGUGCCUGGACUCAAUAAACCAAAAUUAGCACAUGACUUUUGUGCGACUUCAAAACGAACAAUUUUGAUCGAUAUGCCAUUGGUGCUAGAUCCGAGAAAUCUACUACAAGGCAAACCGAUGCUAUCGUAUGAAGAGAACAUGCCAACACGCUUUGGGAUUUUACCACGGAGAUCACCCGAAAAGGUGAAAUGGUAUGAAAGUGAAGGAUGUUGCAUUUACCAUGCUGCCAAUGCAUGGGAUGAUGAAGCUACUUCUUCAACAAAUCUCGUCGCUUGUCGUUUAAACAGUGCUACCCUAGUCUAUGCAGCUGGAAAUUUAGAUACCCCCAGUCAUGCAAAAGCUACAUGUGGAACGGAAAAGUGUCAGUUAUACUACUGGCAAUUCGCAGAUGCACCAGAGGAUAAUCAAGCAGUUCCUGAAAAGAACGAGAAAGCACAAGUUCUAAGAGAAUUCGCUCUUUCUGACGUUCCUGUUGAAUUUCCCACGAUGAACGAUUCUUACUCGCAGCAAUGCAAUCGUUUUGUAUAUGGUGCCAGUAUGACCACAGGGUCGUUUGAUGCUGGACUUGGAUCACGGUCAGCAAAGAUCGAUUGUUUGGCCAAGUUUGAUAUUCAAACAUUGAUUGCUAAAGGCAAGAAAGCAAUGGAUGCCGGUCAGCUACAAAAAGGAGAAGCAGUCGACAAGCGAACAGUACAAGACGUCUUGGCUGCUGAACAAACUGAAGAUGACCCAAUUCGAUUAUUCGCUUUGCCUCCUCAUCAUUAUGCACAAGAAGCAACUUUCGUUCCACGGUUAAACGCAAAGAGUGAAGAUGAUGGAUUUUUACUGUUCUUUGUGUUUGACGAAUCAACCGGAUUGGAUUAUGACGGUGACGCACUUCCAAAUGCGAUUUCACAAUUAUGGAUUCUUGAUGCAAAAACGAUGAAAGAUGUAAUUUGCAAAAUCUGUUUACCUCAACGUGUUCCUUAUGGUUUACACGGACACUUUUUUUCCGCAACGGAAAUUCAAAAUCAACGUCCCGUUGAUACAGAUCAAGUUCGUAAUUGGGCUUUAGCACAAACUGCUCAAACGGGCAUAGGCUUGGGUGGUGUAAAAGCCUCUUCGGAUCAUGACAACAAUUUAUCUUCAUUUACCGCUUUUGCAUAUUCUGCUGUUGCCAACUUUCGCAAUUCUAUCGAACAUUUUCUAGGAUGA